AUGAAGAGAAAGAGCUUGUCCUCUUUUUACGUCUCUCUGGGGUUUCUGUUCACAGCAGUGAUACUCAAAGCUGUAGAAUCAGCCAAAGGAAAAUAUGCUCACAUGCUGUUUAAUGAACUGUUUGAAGACUACUCCAAUGCUCUAAGACCAGUGGAAGACACAGAUAAAGUACUGAAUGUCACCCUUCAGAUCACAUUGUCCCAAAUUAAAGACAUGGAUGAAAGGAACCAAAUUUUGUCAGCCUACUUAUGGAUUCGACAAAGCUGGUAUGAUGCAUACCUCAAAUGGGACAAAGAUAAAUAUGAUGGGCUGGAUUCUAUCAGGAUUCCAAGCAAUUUGGUUUGGAGACCAGAUAUUGUCCUAUAUAACAAGGCUGAUGAUGACUUUUCAGAACCAGUGAAUACUAAUGUUGUGCUGAGAUAUGAUGGAAAAAUCACUUGGGAUGCACCUGCUAUCACGAAGAGCUCAUGUGUAGUGGAUGUGUCUUAUUUUCCUUUUGACAGCCAGCAGUGCAACCUUACCUUUGGUUCCUGGACCUAUAAUGGUAAUCAGGUAGACAUCAUCAAUUCUCUCGAUAGUGGUGACCUCUCUGACUUUGUAGAAGACGUGGAAUGGGAAAUUCACGGUAUGCCAGCAGUUAAGAAUGUCAUCACUUAUGGCUGCUGCUCUGAGCCUUAUCCAGAUGUGACCUUCACACUGAUUUUGAAAAGGAAGUCAUCUUUCUACAUAUUUAAUCUGUUGCUUCCUUGCAUUUUGAUCUCUUUCCUGGCUCCACUGGGAUUCUAUCUCCCUGCAGACUCUGGCGAAAAAGUGUCUCUGGGUGUUACCGUUCUUCUUGCUCUGACUGUGUUCCAGCUGAUGGUUGCAGAGAUCAUGCCUCCAUCUGAAAACGUACCUUUGAUAGGAAAGUAUUACAUAGCAACAAUGACCAUGAUCACAGCUUCCACUGCAUUGACGAUCAUUAUAAUGAAUCUCCAUCACUGUGGCUCAGAAGCAAAGCCUGUUCCACAAUGGGCCAGGGUGGUUAUUUUGGACUACAUGUCAAAAAUCUUUUUUGUUUAUGAUGUGGGUGAAAAUUGUACAAGCCCAAAAAGAGAGAAAGAAGAAGAACGUAGGUUUGAGGGAGAUGAUGGGUGUCAGAGGAGGCAGAAAGAGGUAAGGAGUCCUCUUUCCAAUAGGAAUGAUGACUGUAAUCUUGGGGAGAAGCUCAAUGGAAAUUUGCAUGGAGUUCAUGGUGAAAAUGUUAGGGAGACUGUUAAUUGCUGUUCCUGUUACAAAAUGCUGAUUAAAAAUAUCGAGUAUAUUGCUAAUUGUAUUCGAGACCAUAAAGCAAACAGGGCCAAAGGAAUUGAGUGGAAAAAAGUAGCAAAGGUGAUGGACAGGUUUUUCAUGUGGAUUUUCUUUGUCAUGGUGUUUUUUAUGAGCGUGCUUAUCAUUGGGAAAGCAGCUUAACUGAAAACGAACACAUUCCUUUUGUAAAUCUGAAUAACUGGGUUAGUUUGUUUUGUUGGACUUCUGGGAGAGGAGUGCUUUUGAGAUCUUUGUCUCGCAUUCUGUAACAAUAAACAAAUUGAUUCUGUAGGCUGUGAUAGUGUGUUGAGAUAGUGUGCUGAGGACUUUGUUGGUGAUUGUCCUUGAUGUCCAGUACGGGAGCCAACUCCUGAGAGAUGUUUUUCGGUUCUGGGCUUACCUGAAGGCUUCACGAGGAAGGCAGCCUCAGAGAACAUGGUGCCGGUUACACACUCUUUUGGUCAGGUAAGCCCAGAACCGAAAAACAUCUCUCAGGAGUCAGCUUCAUGAUCAAAAACUCUGUUGUUCCUGAACUCGAAAAUCUGCCGACGGG